UAACAACGAAGAGUAUAAACCGCCUAGAACGAGCUACGCUAAGCUGGCAUACAGUAGGCAAUUCCAGUGACUGCCGCCAGAUUUUGCUGUGAUUCUACGCCAGGUAGACAUCUUGUUAAGGUAAAUAAUAAUGUGUAGUGGCAUUCCACUAGGGCGGUCGUGCCAACAACAUAUUGCGUGAGUUCUUGAUAUGGUUUCUUUUUUCGGCUCGCUUCAUGCAAACUACGGUAAGGUGCAAAAACACACCUUGGCAUUAAAACUCCGAUUCCUCCCUUUUUUCUUGGGAAGAUUUCGCAUCUUUUAGCCUAUAUCGGCAACACUGAAUGAGUUGUUCAAAUUUAAACAUCACUAGAGUAACGAGGUUUACCCAUACACACACCUCUUGUUCUCUGAUGAAGGUUACGAUUCGGAAAAUGUCGUUUGUUUUGAUCCAUUUCCAACAAAGCACUCUUAGGCACGCGUUUGAUAAAUGCCGCAGAGAUGGGCUUCCGAAUUGCUUGAAUUGCGUGCGGCUCGUGAAAGGCAUCAAGCAUUGUUUGGAAAAGGAAACAAAUUAGUGCAAUCACAAGGCUGUUAAAAAAUAUAUAUUUUUAGUGUUUUGAAAUGGUCUUACACGUUUGUAUAGAAGUGUGUUGUAAAUCGGCUAGUUUCCUCUUUACGUUUAGUGACGUUUUAAGUCGCUCAAAUCUCUGCUUAAAGGUUGCAUGCACUGAACUGCACUGAUUCAACUGAGCAUACAACGGAAAGCGUAACAAGGGACAAUCAAUUUAUUCACUUAGAUGUUAACUUUGUUACCACUCAUAGCGUGACUACCAUUGUUCAUAGCGUCCGCUCAAUAUUACUGAUUUUUGCGCGCGAAACUUAUGGAGAUUCUGUUGACCAAAGAAGCCCUUUCUUCAUUCGCGACUAACAGUAUGUGUUCUUGUAAGCACUGAGCCAUUUUCCGGGAUGAGUGUCGUGUUUAUGUCGGACAGAAGACACUACUUAUGGUAACCAAAUAUGAUUAGAAUGCAGCUACAUGCAAAAACAAAUAUGUUAACCUGAGUGGCUCUUCAGAGUUUCGUCGGUCAUGAAUACUCACUCUACGGCCAACCAAAAAUACAAAGCACUUUUUGUGCAUCACCUUCUCUCUCUAAAGAGCCUUGUUGGAGUUUGUUUAGGUAAAUUUGGCGGAAACGCUAAGCUAACUCUCUCAGGUCACGGUUAUUUGGUUUCGCUCCUUUGUUCUGUCUGUACUCCGAAGACCACGCGACGGCCAAGUCUCGGUGCAAACGAUAUAAGGCAGCGUAAGAGGAAAACAAAACAUCGAGCAAAGCUCAUGUCAGUUCCGAAUAAGUAAUUCUAAAUGAAUACAAGCGAUGCACUCUGUGUUUGUCAUAAAUCUUUCAAUGAUCUUCAGCUUUUAUCGUUAACGUCAUUCAAAACAGUGUACUGUGUUUAAUAUACAUCACGAAAUUACAUCGAAUUGGUUUCGUGGAUUAAUUCCCGUUGUAACAACGUCGAAAUAAAACUUGAUCUCUAUCAUGAACUCCCGCAAUUGUCAAGUUUGCCUUUAGGGAACGAAUUCUUCAACUUCAAAGCAAGUCAAAAUGAGGGCAAAGUUUGAUUGUAUGAUUCCAUGGAUUCAUGUGGUUUCGUAUACGUUAUUCCUUCAAGGUCAUCUUUGGUACUUAAAAUGGUUGAAGCUCUGGGAGGAGCAUUCCUAAGUAAAGAGCUUCACACCGAAAAAACUCGCCAAAAGCAAUUUGAUGUGGGUUUCUCUUAACACUAGGUGUACAAUGAUUCCGUGACUUGAAUGAUACUUAAUUGUACACGAAGAAAGUCGGGCGAGCAAAUGAUUAACACCCCUCCAUGCUCGUAGUGAAUCUGAUAUGUCGUCGGCUUACAGCCUAGAGACGUUCUAGCUACGGGACAAUAAAAAAGAUAAAAUAAAAUACCAAAAAACAAAAAGAAAAAAAACGUGUUUCACGAGUGAUCAUAAAGAGUGGCUUCCAGCUUGGGAUUCAGCUAUGAUCAAACUACGACUGAUUCUUUUGUCGAGGUUACUACAAGGGGUUAUUUAAUACACGACUAAUUUUAUUUUUGUCUUUUCACGUUACUGCGAAUAAUCAGAAGUGCCAACAAAUGUUUUGGGUGACUUGAGCAGUUUCUAAAAGACUCUGUGAGUGUAGUUGCGUUUGUACUCAAAACGCAAAAAGUGUGAUUUCUAAACUUAAUUGAUCACAUCUUAACAUGGCAAUGUUUGGUAACAUUAAAAGCUUGUAUCGUAGUUGACUAUGUGAACAAUCAUGUCUAGUUUAACUAUUUCAUGAAAAGGUCUUCUCUUAUAUAGCAAACACGAUCGAGUAGCGCUUCAUUUCUGUAGAUACAUCAGCACAAAGGUUGAAGCACAAGAUUUAAACACUUGAUGGUUUAAUUCCAAAAUGAGUGAACCUCGAAGAUAUUUUUUGUCAAUUCAUUAAUUCAUGCAACAAAAAGCAAUACACGUUUACCUCAAGGAGAAAGUAAUCAAUCGGCAAGACACACAACUUUUUUUCGCAAGCAUCUUUACAAUAAGUCUAACUAAAUUGCGACCAAAUCUACUUAAUGGCAUUGCUACCAUUGGAAUCUAAUGUGUUUUCCAUGUUGGCACGGAUGAGUUUAAAAAACCAAACAUUAGAAUAUUAAUCUUGUAUCUAUUAUGAUCUUUAUAUUUUGCUUUAGCACUAAAAAUCCGCGGCGACUGUUAUCAAACUAGAAUUGAGAUGGAUAUUUCUCGUCUUAAAAUAAGAUAGUGUUAUUGUAUGCACUACUUCGUUUAGCACCCUUGAGAUGCAUUGAUGAAAACAAAAAAGCUCUUUAGAGAAGCAUGCGCUAUACUUGUUUACUGCCAACAACACUCUGCGUGGAACUAAAUGAUAAAACUUAACAUUUUCAUUUGUUCUCGGGAUAAGUUGAGAUUUUACUUCUCCAGCGUUGGAUUGAUUUAAGUUGAAAAACAAUGAAAGCUUCCUUCAAUGCAAAUAUCGACAAAUGGAUUUCUAAAAUGCAAAUAGCUUGAACAAGACUGAGGCUCUUUUUCGCGAAAUUCAGUUUUCGUUUAAACCAAAACAAGAGUACAUCUUUGCAGUUGACGUUUUUUUUUUUUUUUUUUGCUACUCCUUGCUUCCGCUGGGCAAAACUCGAUGUCCACGAGGUACACCUUGGUUAUAUACAUCACAACGCAUUGCGCAUCUUUAACACAACUCUUAAACUAAGUGUGCAAUCCAAAAGUUUACUAGUUAUUUUUGCGCAAGAUUUUCUCCGUGUCAGCUUCGAGGCUCAUGUUUUGUCUUGAGCAUUUCUUCAACAGUGGUUCUCGACGAAGAACUCACCACUAACUAGAUAAUCUAGUUGAACCCAAUAAGGGGUCCGGCGUCUUUCCGGGCUUCAUUCUUGUGGACAGCGCGGAGAUAGCUUUGUGCAACUGCGCUAUCAGUUCUAUCUACUAUUAAAUCGAACAAUAGUUACCUUCCUACCUGUACUGAAAACAAGGCACGAUGUUUGAAAACUGAAAAGGAGUACGGCAAACGAAUUUUAAAGCGGCUUUGGAAGGUUUCUAAACUUCACUGUGAGAACAGUCUUAUGUGUUGAUCACUAGAAAUCAAUACAUCCUAGAUGAACCACCCUGAAUCGCCGUAACAUUUUGAACACCUGGUUGCAUACAUGUCGAAUGUACCUUACAGUAUUUUAACUCGAGUUUAUUCGAAUCUCUGUCGUAUGUUUCGAAUGAAACUUUUACCUCGUGGAGGAAGGCCAAUUCUCUAUUUUGGAACAAGUUCUGAAGUUGUCCUCCUCUUUACCUUAGCCCGUUUCUUUUUUGAAAAGUUAAGUCAUCUAUUGGUGUAUUUCAUUCUUACACUAAUCUUUAGAUUAUUUUCUGAGGUUAUCCCUUGAGAUUUCGCUUUGAACACUUCUCGAUGAUAGCUAACAAUGGAAUAAGGUUGUAGUUAUGUUGUGCCUUAUCGCAGUCUCUCGUCAGUCACAUCUGUAACGCCUUUUUUUAAUAAACAACGGAUUUUAAGACUUAGACUUUAGAGCUUAGCAUUUCUCAUCUAAGAAAAAGGGUUUUAUUUCAAGGGAGAGUAUUUUUGAGUAAGUAAUUAUAGUCAACACAAACAUUAAGAAGGUGCAGAACAUAACGGGUAUUUUGUUAGCUGUAUGGAAUCAUUAACACUGCAAUGCGGAAAAACGUGAAGCAGUUAGCUUAAAAUUGUAGUUUUCAUCACAGAGCAAGUGUUGAUAAAUCGGCCAGCAGGUCAAAAUCUCCAAAAGCGUCAAGAGAAGAACCAAACCGGGAUUAUGUCAGCUGAAUACAAUGAUUACAAUUUAAAAAAUAUGAAAUUGUACUCGGUAAAUUUGCAAUUCCCUUUUUUAUCCAUGGAGCAAGUACUUCUAAAUGUGUCGAAAUUAAAAUUUCUGAAUGUAAAGACAAAUCAGGAAAAAAUAGUUGAACACCCUUGUUAGCUGGAACAUAUUCAACCCCGAAAAGCUUAUUAAGAAUCUAUUUACGUUAUCGAGAAUGUUCAAAACAGUAUUUGAAGGUGUAAAUUUUGUCAAAAGGAGCCAUACCGUCAUUUUAGGUCUUACCGUGAAUUGUUUAAAAAGAUUCCACAGAAGCACAUGCCUACUUGUAGGUAGAUAGGUUAUUUAACUUGCUCUUAAAUAUGUUUCAGCCUCUCCAUAUUUCAGCUUUAUUCUUUUCGUAUUUUGAGGUAGAGAAAAAUGAAUGAGAAAUUUUUUCCCCAGAGAAUUUAAACCUCCACCGUUUACAGGAACGUAGAAGACUAAGAAAUAUUUUCGUUAUAGCGAUUGAAUCAUAUAGACAAAGUUUGGUACAUAAAAAAAAUAAUCUUUAUGGUGAACUGGAUAGGAUCUUUUUUUCUCUAUGUGACAUAUAAAAGAUUGUAUAAUACAUCUUCUUAAAUUUAUUUAAAACGAUUGAAAAAUUUUGCGAUGUUUUUAAGCUCCUCCAUAACAUUUCGAGAUAGAAGAAUAUUCCUCCCGUCACAUUUCGCGUUCAUGGCAGGUCUCGGAAAAUUACCAAUUAGAAGAGUUUUAACAACUUUUUGUUUGUGUAAAAUAACAGUAAACACAUCAUAUAAAUGUGUCAAAGUCAAGAAUUAUUUAAACCUUUUUCAUUAGAAGGACCGGCUCAGCUUUGUUUCAAGACCCGUCAUCUAUACGAUCCAAAUUCUGAUCGCUAGGGCAAGGAAAGGGAAAUAAUGGCCAAAAAUACUUCAAAGUGCUCUCGGAUUUGUACAGUAGUUUAUCACUUCACAAACUUUAACGUUAUUUAGUAUAAAGCGCACACAAGGCGUCGUUUAAAAAUAGCGUGGAAAUUUUAAUUGGCUUUCAGGAAAGCUAUUCUUUUUGUAGCCGAAUCACGAUAUUCAUGAUUUCUCCGGGUGUUUUUGUUUCUAUUUGAAGCUCGCGUGCAUUAAAUCUUUACACGAAACAGGUCGGUAAUAGAUAACUCCUAUGUUUGUCUUUGAAAUUAUCACCAUCUCAAAGAGACCCUAUCGUUGAAUCCCAAACAAGGCGUCUAAGAACAACCUCAGAAAUAUUUCAUGCGUGUUUAGAUGGUGGUAAAUGGAAAUCAAACGAUUUCAAAGAGAGUCUUUCAUCAAUUAUUCACAGAAAUCACUCUGGCGUAGCGAGUGAUUCCAAAGGGCCGCUCUUUGUUCCCUCUGCAAUCUAACGGUUUGUUACUGGAAGUAUAGCCUACAUAUUCACGCUGCUUUCAACGGUUACCUCAAAAGGGUUCCUGAGCCUGACUGCUGUGACAAGAAGGUAAAACACUGCAUCUGACUCGUCGCGCCAAAAUCGUUACAUCUUGUACGCGUAAAUGCGUUUAUGCGGUGCUAAAAUAUUUUGAAUACUGAAUGCGCUUCACCAUUUGUUUUCUACCUCCCCUCUAGCUUAAUACUUUGUAGCCAUUUUGUAUUUGUUUACAAGACUUGUAGGGCCACCCAGAGAUUUUUAUCCUCUCAAUGCCGGCCCUCUGCCAAAAGUCCUAUCACUCACUAGGCACAUCGCCGUAUUAAGGUGAUGUCGCAAAAUCACAGCGACCACAACGCAUCGAAACAGUCUAUUUGCACCUACGUUCAGAAAUAGGAAAAGGAGGCACGGUUAUUCUGGAUAAUUUCCAGAUUGGCGUGCAGAGUAAAUAAUUUCAGUAGGGAAGUUAAAGUAAUUAGGAAACAAACUGCAUAUGCAACCGGCAGUUAUCUGGAGAAAGAGAACCCCUCUUGGAUAUCAGGCUUCUCAAACUGUUGUACAAGUGAUGAGAUUUGAUGAGAUUAGCUUAAGUGCUAACUCAUUUUAUUUCUCGGCCAUAACAGCGUAUGCCUGUUAGUGCCCUCGUGGUGAUCUCACUUCUGUUCACUUUUCAACGUUCAUUCGCGCAGCAGAUAUCUCGCAGCAGAUUCAGCCGCGUGUUUAGAACCACUUGGGAAGCGAGCUUCAUUCAAUGGUUAGGCCAUUGUUACGGCGAACGACAAGUAAACAAACCCAAUGCGCCCAUCCGAUUGGCCCGGCACUUGUCAAGCACAAAGCCUUGCUGACAGUUGAUAGGGUUUAAUUGUUCGUUAUUAUUUGUAUGCUUAGCGACGCCAUGCAGAAACUUCACACAAAAGCUCUGUUCCUGGCUAACAAUCCUCGCUGUACAAUGGCGGACGGCUUCGCUCACCGAUAGUUUACGAAUUCCCGCGAUCGCCGCCAGCGGGAUUCCCGUCUCACUGGCGCUAGUUCUCUCUAAAAUAAAUCAUUUACCAAUUAGCGGCCCCCGCUGUAGAGCUUUCCCGCCGAGCCGCUCAUUGGCUGAAAGGCAAUCACGUGCUCGCCGCCUGACGAAAGGGUACCUUUCACUUCGCUUGUGAUUUGAUGAUCGAAUUCGCGACUAAGGAGUUUGCGUGUUGUAUCUAGUUGACGUUGAGAGGUUAGCUGAUCGGAGCAAGUUUACAUGCUCUGUGCGUGUGGCGGGAAAAGAAAAUCGCAUGGCGUCACGGUAUAUAUCAUAAAGACAUUUGGAUCUGCGAUCGAUGUUACUAUAUAGGCAGUUUCUCUAAAUAAGGGUAAAGCACCAGCUUCUACACAGUUUAUUUCUUAGUAGGAGAUAAGCCUUGUUGUGAUCCGUUCGUAGAUUUCUGCCGCAUUGAAGCGAUCCGUGGCCACGUGUGUGUGAGGUUUGUUUACGUCCGAUCGACUAGCCCUUGCGUCCGCUUUCUACUGAAAUUAAAGCUCGAUCAAAACAAAUUGGCUGUAAAAAUCGGUACAGUUGACGCACAUUGCUCACAGAGCUUAACAGGUUAGUAGUCUACGCAGGGGAACGCGUCGGGAGGAUGGUGGUUUGUGUCAGGAAAGAGCGGCAUUUUGAAAACAUGUUUGUGGCAGAGUGCAUUUUCGCGUUAGAAAAUUCAACCAAAUCCGGCCAUUAGGUGGAUGCUCUAGUAUCUUGUUUAAAUGUUGAAUUGACCUAACCAGUAUUUUUUGUCAAUUUCCUUUUAGAUUCGGGGCAACUGGAAUGAAGAGGCCCUCGAUCGCUUGUAGGAUUGUAGGCGUAUAAUGAGCGAUUCAUUAGUUCAGGUUCUAGAGACAUCAACGAUGACAACUGAUCGAACAAGCAACAAAGAUCGUACGCAUUCCAAGGAUGGUGAAUCGCACGCCUCUCACGGGCCGCACGACCCAGCAGCGCCUCAGGAUCACGCGAGUAGGGAGCUACCAGAAGGAGAAACGCUGGAGGAACGCGAAACGCCUACCGCGGAGGCUGAAAAUCGCAAUCAAAACGGACAGGAAAAGGAUGACAAGAAGGUACCUUCCUCUAAGAGUAUUCCUGUAGUAUGCCACAUCCGUUCAUCAUGUGACAUGCUGUACGUUGAUCUUCAUUGCUUCUUAUAGAACGCUGUUAAAAGCCAGAGCGCAGUAUUUGGUGUGUUUUGCUUUCAUUUUAGUAAGCUAGCGUUUAUUGCACGAUCAUGAAUAAUGAAAUCUUGGCAGUGUUUGUUGGUUUUGUUCGCGUGUUACGGCAACCGCGUUGCCGCGAAUUCCCCACAUUCCCGCGUUUUCGGUGUCAUUUGUAUACAAAAUCGCAAAAGAUAAUUAUUUGGCUCUUCGAGAGCUGAGCCGGUGAAAUCUUUGAGCAGUAGUCGUCCUGUGAUUGUGCUUGUGUUGUAAGAUUGUAAUUUCCCACGGCACGGCUUUGUUGGUGUCGAUCUUUUGUGCGUAGCAAACAUUUCACUAAAAGCUCUUUAUUCCAGCCACCACCGAGCGUGUGAAGCAGCGCGGACUAAAUGUCUCCUAACCACACCAGAUCCUGUCCUUUUGCUGGGUCACAAUGUUUCAAGGAACAUUCUCUACACUUACAAAUGAAAUUUGAGUUACUAUUUUGCAAAGAUAUCGGUGGUAUCCGCUUAUGGUUAGCGUAUAGGAUCACAGUUCUCGCGUUACUAGUACUGAGUAAAGCAAAUGACAAAAUUUGUCAUUAAAUCAUGUUGUCGUCGCUAUUUUAUCCGUGAGGACCCCUGUUUCGAUCGUCUGGUUGUUUUCAAGUCUUUUUAUUCGCGUGAUUUCGUUACUACGUAGAGUGCUCUGCGUCGGUGAAUCGUCGUAUGCGAGGUAAAUAUUUAGCCUGAUUAAAAUGAGCCGCUGGUUGUGCUGCACUGCGUAGCUGUGUACCGUAAGUAAUGUUUACAUCAGCCGUCAUUUUCCUUCUUUAUUUUUAACCCUUUCUGUACGGAAAUAAAUUUACAAGAAAAAAAGAAUAUGUCUUUCUCCUACUCGUCUUCACAGAUUUUUUCGCGACAACGAGCAGUUUAAGCGUUGUAGUGAAAUUAAGUUAGUCUUCACGUAGAAAUUUCGGAGUCUGCCUAUAUCUCUGCUGACUCUCCGUGUCUUUGUUGAUGAUACGUAGUAUCAGAUAAGUCAUUCGAUGGCAUUGUGACGGCCGUGAACUGGUUUUGCUGACGGAAGUUAGGCUUUUACGACAAAAGUUAUGCGUGACUUAUUCAAAGCCGUCAACGAAAUUAUCGUGAAGCCCGCAAAGCUUGCUAAUUUACAUUCUGCAGUACACGGUUUUCAAUGAAGCUGGCUAUUUCAGAUUGAUGACGUUUUAAAUCUCCAACCAUCGUGAACAUCCCUUGUAGCGAAUUCAUUGCUCACCUAUUAGACAGUUUUAGGAUUCUGGGCGCUAGGAGAUUUCUGGAGUUUGUAAGAGAGGGAUUAAUGGAAGAUUCGAUAGGUUUAAUUGACUUCAAAUUACAAUCAUAGCUUCGACGCCGUUCAUCUUGUUUUGUCAAUAGGACAUCGGAAGUUCUUUAGUCACGGGAACUUUUUGUUUACCCUUGAAUCCCGCCGAAAAAAAUCUGGUUUCCGGAUCUAAAAAGCUUCGUUACUGCCCUAUGUGGUCCGGGAAAUUUUGAUCGAAACAAAUUUAGAUUCAGUCUAGAGAAUCUUCUUUGAAACCGUUAAAGCGACUUCCUCCGGAUUAAGUUGAUAAAUUGAAUGUAAUUUUAUAUCGCUGUUUCGUUUCUCGCCAAUGCACGCCAAUUUGUCAUUACACAGCAGUCUGAAGUAAAGACAUUAGUUUUCGGAUGGGUUUUAUUUUGCUGUAUUUCCCUAUUUUUAUGUUCGCGAUAACGAGAUUCUGGCCCUAUGUAUAAUCUUAGUUUUAGCUGUUACCUCUAGUUUUAUGAAUUUUGUUCUUACAAGCUAGGCGUGUUUCUUUUCCCGGAUCGUGAAUCGUCUUAAACGUUUAUAAAAGCCUACCAUAUUUUUCAAUUUGUUUCUCGGCUUCAUGAGGAAAAUAAGAGUAAACAAUACUCAAGAAUAAAAUUAGUGCGAUAUGUGACUUAGUGAGCCACGCUAAGCGCAAUAUACCAGAAUCAAUACACACUUGCAACAUUUUUUAGCUGAGUUAGAGGCGACCUUGGAGCAGUUUUCUUUCCUUUCACAAUAAGCUCUAUAAGCAUUAUAGAAACAUUAUUUAGGCUUUCUCCAAAACUGUGUAUUUGGAUAGUUAAUCGCUCACAAGAAUAUCCUCCGUGAGUUGUUAGUGUUAAUGUUUGUGCAUUUACGAACAGAAUUUCGCGAAAUCGUGAGUCGAGAUAAGAAAAACGCUCGUUAUCGGAGUGUUCUCCGUUUUCGCUGUUUACCCAGGAAAUGUAGAUAUGACGAAAUAACCCUCAAUUAUCAAUGUCUUAAAAUUGACCCAGCGUUUUCAAUAAACUUACGUACUCCAAGUAAAAUAUUUAAUGGAUAUCAAGAUAUUUACGUUGACGUUUUACAGCAACCCUCUCGCGGUUUCCCUGUCAAAUUCAUUUUUUCGUGCAUUGGAGACUUCUGAGGGAGCAAUUUUUCGUUUUAAAACUUUUCCAUUUCAGAAUUUUUUUAAAGGCUGUGUUAUGUUCAAUUUACUUUGGCUAAUUAGACUCAAAUUUCAGUGACAAAUAUUGUCGCCGAGACCGUGUCAGUCUCCCAAGGCUGAAAUUCAAGUCCAGGUUUGGCUAAAUGAAAUUAAGGCUUGAACAAAACAGCAUUAAAUUUAAUGGGGAUUGUAAUUUUUUUUAAAUUUCCGUUGGGCAUUUAUCUAACCAUGAAUUCCUCUAGAGAACAGAAAUGCAUUUGAUUGAAUAAAGAUAACAGAUUUAGAGUUAAACGCAAGCGAGGCAGUUAUUAUAGUUCAGAGAAGGAUAACAAUUCUUUCAGUAGGUGUUGUUGUAAACUUCUGAAUAACUACAGUUUGUUCUUGUGACUAAUUACCCAUGUCUACUUUUAAACAUUUCUAUAAUAUUGAGUAUUGAAUUCCCCUGUAUCACGUCGAAUAGCUUGCAGUGUGCUAUCUUAGUUUGGCACUCCAAUUGUUAGUAUCUUCAAUAUUUUUUUCCUUGAUAUGAGAAGCCCUCAACAUAAGUAAAACCAUUUUGAACAUGCUUUAUGCUGGAAAUGUCAUUGGAACGUUUUUCUAUUAUAUUUCUCACACUAACAAUCUCUUCUGGGAAAAUAUUUUAGAGGAUAUUGCAGGAACUUUGGGUAAUAUUUCCACUUCCUCACUGCCAAAAAUCGUUUUGUGCUAAACAAUGAGCUAGAGAGGCAUUUUUCUUAGUUGGAGUUAACAUCAAAUCUGAAAAACUUAUCACCUGGUGCUCAAUUCCUGUUCGCUCGCAAGUAUAUCUUACUCAAGUUUAAGGUUUUCUUUUGCGUAAUAUUCAACGUAAUCUCAAAACAGAACUGAACGCCACAAUAAUGCAUUGUUACUAACAAAAAGGGAAUUGAAAUCAUCAUGAAAUUCGACAAAGAUUGCACUCCACAGACAUUUAAAUUUACAGACUACUGCCUAAAUAAUAUUUAGUAAUCUCAAGUAGUAAAUUACUCUUUUGAAUGUACACCAUAUAAAUCAUUUUUUCUGGUAGGUUAAAUGUACCCUGAAGUGUUUGUUUCAAAAUAUUUAAGGCAUGUUAUUUUUUGGGUGAAAUAUAUUUAACCUUGAAUGGUCUUCCAUUGUGGAAUUUACAAACAGUUUUGAGCUGUGAUUGCAGUUAGAUUUUGAUCACAGUUUGAAGCCAUCCUCGAUGAAUGUGGAAAUAACUGUCUGCCUGCACCCUAGACAACUGGGCCCGGUAGUUUAAAAGAGGGUUAAGUCUUAACCCAGGGUUAAUGUCAAAUCUGAUUUCAGGUAUGAAAGGUUUAAAAGAAAUGCAGUAGAAUUCUUUUUGUAAAUAAUUUGAUGAUUGGAUACUCUGAAAAGAAUAGAGAAAACUAUCAAAAAGCUAUAGAGAAAAGGAAUAAAGAAACCCGCAUGAAAAUUUAACCCUGGGUUAGCGCUAAUCAGCCUUUGAACAACAGUGGGCCAGUAUAUAAACAGUACCUACCUGGAAGCAAAACUACUUUUCCAUGCAGCCAGUUCUUAUAUUUGAGUGGAAAACUUUUGAUAGUCUGAAAGCCAGCUAAGAUUGAAACACUUCUAAAUUGGUUUAACAUCAUUUGAAUUUGUGUAGGUGUCAAUAAGACAACCACAGAAUCAGAGCAGAAGGAAACAACCUGCAAACCUUCCAAAAGCAGUAAGUGACCAUGACAACACUGAAGGUGUUCCAGUCCAAAGACGUAAUUUCAAUUUUAGCCCACAAAUAUGCCCACUAAAUAUUGUGUUACCUAUUGUCGUAUUUAUGCUCAAGAGUUCUGAUACUGUUUUUUUCUAGGAGAAGUGACAUUAAGUAACUUCUUGUUUACAUCAGAGCAAGGCACCCUAACUUAACCAAUAUCUCAGUUCUGCACUUUGAGUUAACAAGUUCUCAAUACAGCAGUCAACAAUAAUGAAUAAAGCAGUUAACUCUAGAAAAAUCAGCAUGCAUGUUUUCCUUACAAUUUCAGUUAACUGUCAAGUAGGAAGGUUAUGAGAUUUAAGAAAAUUCUCAACUUGAGAAUAUAGUCCAUUUCACGUUUGGUUAUUUUUUACUGUCGCCAUAGUAUUCAUAAAGUUACUUUGAAUUUAAUGUCAGCAACAGCAACAGCAGCAGCAAAAGUCAUACCAUGGAGGACGAAACAUUCGUUCAAGUCCAGGAGGAACAUGGCAAGCAUACCCUUCGUGGCCUGUAGGAUUCACAUCACCGCGUUUCCCACCAGCAGCUCCUAUAUAUGGCUAUGCACAUCCCGGGGUAAGAUGAAAGAGAAAAUGCUCACCAUUUUUCAGAAGAAGCCACAGGGUUGUAAAUAUUCCACACAGGAAGAAAUAUUAAAGGGUUAAUGUAGAGGUUGAGUUUUGUAACCAGGUUCACUCAAGCACUACACAGAAGUCGCAUUAUUCUAAGAGGAAUAUGAAUGUCCUUGAAAUAAGGAUCUGUAGAAUUAGUCGCUAGGGAGUGAUUUAUGGGAAGGACACUCCUCUAGUUUAUUUAAGUAUUUCCAAUGUGAGACCUAAGUUUAAAAUUCAAGGAUAACACAGAAAAAAAUAGUGAAAUAACCUACUACUGCCCAUCACUAGAUUCAGUGAAAAACUAGUUCGUCCAGUUCUCUGUUGUCGCAGUAAAUUAAGCAAAAGUUAGAUAAAGGCAAAUAAUCAGCACUCUGAAGUUGUUUUUUCUCAAGAGAAAGAUGGCAAUAGAUAUUGUUCUUGUGUUGAUUGUGCUCUAUGUUGCUAUUCAAUUAGUAGUUAUCAUACAAGGUAAGUCUCCCCUGCAAGAAUUUGGUCACUUUUGUUACAACUGUUGCGGUAAAGUCCCAGGUAGGAUUUUUUACCAGCAAUGCUAGGCAAAAUCAGAAAGUAUAUCACUUUCAUUCUACCUGACUCAAAAGUCACCAGAAAGUGAUGACAUAGCCACAGGUGCAAUUAAAAAGCAGUGAUAAGCAUUUACUUUUUGAACAAGGAAAGAUUUAGACAAAGAGUGGCAAACUUAAUCAAAAUCAAUGACACUGAAACUCAAUCUACCUUUUUCCAUACUUGGCAUUUCCUGCAUUGUUAAAGGUAUUCAAAUGUAGUAUAGGAUUAUUUAAACAAUGUUGGCACAGAGUUGGAAUUGUCGCACCUGACCAUUUUUGAAACCUUUGCCAAAGUAUUUUUGUGUUGAUUAGUUCAAAAUGGUCAACAUUUCCUCAUUAAGAUGAUUCAAAAAAAUUCCUAAAUGGUUAAGCAAGUUUCUCUUCUAGCACCAUAUCAGUAGUUCUUAUGUAUAUUGGUGAAUGUGAUUGUAGUUUUCGUUGAGAAGAAUUGAGAAUCUUAAUUGAAACAAGUUUUGCAAUGAAUAUCAGGGUUAGACAUCAUGUUCCCAUGUGGCAUGAGCUUUUGUUAGACAAUGUUUUGUUUAUAGUAAGCCAAAUCCAUUCUCACAGUUUUAUAAAACAUUUCAACUAUGUAGUCUUGUAAUAUAAUGAUGAAAGGCUAUCCAUGAGGUCAUUCACACUUACACCAAAACACGUGUUUGGUUAUGUAAUAAUUCUAAAUCCAAGUUAUUAGUCUCCAUGAGGUGACCUUCACUGGCAGGAAACAUGUGCAAAGUUAUAUGAUAAGACAUAAGUAAAUACAGGACUGCAAAUUUUGGUGAUAGUUAAUUUAAAUCACUGGUGUGUGGUACCUUAUCACUAGAUGUAGACUCCCUUUCAUUCUAACGGUUGGAUAGUUUACCAGGGGCAGUGAUCUCUGCAGUGUAGACAUUUCUGGUAGCGUGCACAUACCUUAACUUGAAAUCACAGGGUUAGACAAGGUUGUGUUGUUUACAUUUUUUGAAUGCUAGUGGUUGAGGAGUAAAGCAACAGACAGGAAGGAAAGGUCAAAAGUUUUGUAAUUUCAUCUCUACAGUUAAUUAGGCAUCUGUGUCCUUCAUAGAAAAUGUCUGGCUCGCCAGGGUGGCUUCACUGAUUGCAUAACCCUCAUAAACUUUAGAGAGGCUAGUUUUACUCACAUUCAAGUGCCAGAUCUGUGCUAUCAUUUCAUGGUAAAUCUUAAGUUGGACUGUUUAUUAGAAUAUUAGUUCGUUAUUCCCCAAAUUUAUUUUUUGCACAGAUAAAACCCAAUUAUCACAUUGAUGAGGCUCAUUGCAAAGCUGUUUGCCCGUGUGGGGUCCUGUCACUAACUAAGAUCACAGACCACAUUCCUCAGAUUCUUUCUCCACUUCUAUGAGACUUAACUUCUGAAACUGGAGAGAGGGUGUUAUUUCAUAAUCUGGAGAGAAUGAAUGUCCAAAAAAAUGUCUGAUUAACUUAAUGUUUGAUUGACAUCUAAUAUUAAAAAAAAUAAGGGGUUGAAGAGGUUGACCAAUUCAUAGGAAAAUGGUAGUAACCUUAUUGUAUGACAGAUACUUAUUUGCAUUAGGUUAGUGGUGGUGAAAAUAUUUCCAGUGAAGUUUUAUGGAAAUUGAAUACAUAUGACAUUUCACUCUCUUAAUGGCAAAUAACUUCAUCCUGGAUGUUGUAAAUAUUUGGCAGAACCCACAAUUUAAGCUAGUUUGAAGAGCUCAUCAAACCAUACAUGGUGGUUGUUCUCACUUUGGGGUAGGGGUCUUAUUUUUUCCUCCCUUAUAAUGUGGUGAAGACUUGCAUGGUAUGCUGUUAACCAGAUUCCUUUAACCAAGAUCCAAGCCAAAUUGCUCUGGCUUCAAUAUGUGGCUUGAACACUCUACAGAAGCAUAUAUUGACACCUUAUGUUUGCACAUAUACUUGUUGUAGUCUUUUCAUGUGCAACAGCAACACCUUUAUGUUUCCUCAUGGUUAUUAGGUGUGAAGGGAGGUACAAUUAGGUCAGGAUAAUUUAGUAUUAUCAACUGAGUUGAUAAUGUAAAUUGGCCACUGUAAAGAGUGUAAAAGUUGAUGUUUGGAGCAUUAGUCCUUUGUCAGAGUGAUAGAUGAACAGCUAACACUUGAAACGUCACCUUUGAAAUUCUUUACCAUGGCCAAUUUACAUUAUCAACUUGGUUGACAAUAUUGAAUUACCUUGCUAUACUGAUGCAGCACCACAUAUAGCCACUAUACUGACUCUCCCACUGACGCAGCACCACAGUUUCUUUAGAAACUUACCCCCUUUAUACCAUUAGGUCAUACAAUGAUCACCAAGUUGCAUGUAAGAAGAUCACCAUGUGAUCACUGUACUGAUCAACAAUAUAUAGAUUUAGCCAAGUCUAAAAAAGCGGAGCUCGCAUUUUUUUUCCCACACGUCUCUUCAACAAAACUAAAGCCCAUACUAUGAAUAAAGUGCGUGGUAAUAUUAAUGGAUUUUCAUUCACAACUUCUCCGCGUCCAUGUAGAGGACUGAUUAUAAGAUAGCGCCCAUGGUACAGUUGGCCGCACAUGCUAAAAGUAGCACCUUGUAAGGUCAUUCAUACGGCCAUAUGGUCAUACAUCCAAAUUUUUUUGGCUUGAUGGGUUACUACUAUUUUGUAUAAUUAUGGGGCUAUGCUCUGCGAGCUCCACUAUAAAUUAGACAUAUCAGAGAUACUGUUAUCUUCCAAAAAGCAUCUUCCCUUGAGCUAAGAGGCUGUUUUUUUUCAAUCUCACUGACACAGGCAUAUAAUAUACCAGGCAGUCCACCACCAACAUCAGGACAGAGAAGUUUAUCAGUUAGUGACAAUCAAGAUGAACCUGAAGAGAAGCUUAGCAAAACAAACCUAUACAUUAGAGGACUUUCCCCUGGAACAACUGAUGAAGAUUUAAAUAAUUUAUGUAGCAGGUGAGGGGGCAAAGCUUUUGGAUUGUUCUCUCUAUAUUUAAUGGUUUGUAGUGGAUUUCACACUAGGUAGUUGUCAGCUUGUCUGUGCACCACAACUGUACCUCCUUCCUUCCUUCCUUCCUUUUGUAGCUUUUUCCUUCUCAAUUCCUCCCCUCCUUUAUUCCUCUUUCCUUUUUCCUCUUCUUUUAAGCUUAGUCUUUUGGUGCCUUCCAUCAUCCUAUCAUUCAAUUCUCUUCUCCUACCUUCAUCCAUAUACUUGACUGAUUCAUUCACAUCACCCUUGGUAUUCAGUCAAGUCGCCAAUGGUUCAAUUUGCCAAUGCCAACUCACCAAUGAAUAAAAUCAAGUAGAGACAUUGGCAAGUUGGUCUGCAAUCCAGUAGAACCUAUUAGAAGUUAAACAUAUAGGAAAGUAAACGAUCUUUAGAAAAAAACAAUUUUUUUUCUUCCAACAAAGUUUAUAAGGAUCUCAUAGUGAAUAAAGUGAGGUAAACAUUGCCAAUGACUGUAAAAGCUUCAGAUGCAAACAAGUUAUUGUGUGACAACAACACUGUAAAGACUCAUCAUGUCAAUUGGUCAGAUUUUUUAAAAAACUUGGCUUUCUAGACAAGAUCUUUAGUAAAAAACAGUUCCUUUUUUCCAAUUAAGUUUAUAUUUUAUUGUUUUUUCACCAAAAUUCUCUUACUUUUCCAUAUGUUUAAGAAUUUAAAGAAAGCAAAAAAACUUUAAAGUCUGUAAUACAUUUCGACAGAAACUUCUGUCAUCUUCAGUUAAUUAAUGUACAAAGAGUUGGAAGUUGAAUUAUAUAGCAAGUAGAAAAAUGCUAAUUAUGAUAAAUGGUGACAACCAGUAAAGCAUGAAUGUGUGAGAAUUAAAAGGAUAGUUUUAGAUCUACAUGGUGUAAUCAACUAAUUACAACAUGUAGAUAGCUUUGUGCAUUAAUUAACCGAAGAUGACAGAAGUUUCUGUUGAAACAUGUAUUAAAGACUUUAAAGUUUUGUUGCUUUCUUUAAAUUCUUGACUUGCCUGCUAAUAUCAAGACCCCAUAUGUUUCACUUCUAAUAAGUUGUACUGGACUGAAAACCAACUCACCAAUGUCUCUAUUUGAUUUUAUACGUCAGCGAGUUGGCAUUGGCAAGUUGAACUGUUGUCGACUUGACUGUAAUUUCCCUCCCUUUCUACAUUCCUUCCCCUAUUCUUCCAACUGGCUCCCUCUCUAAAUUAUUCCUUUAAUUUUUCUGGCCUCGUUUCUAGCUCCUCUUAAUUUUUUCAAUCACCCAGUCAUUCAUAUUUACUGUUAUUCACUCAAUGGUUCUAUCAUUGUCUAUGCAUUCAUUCAUUUAGUCUCUCAGUCACUCCUCUAUCCAUUCAUAUGCAUAUUUGUAGAUUCAUUCAUUUGUAAAUGAUUAUAAUCUAUCUAUUUUCAGUCAAAAAUAGUGUGGUAGUUUGUGUGUUGUUGUUUUGUAUCAAGUAUUAAAAAAUUUAUUUGUUUAAUCUACAUCCCUUUCUCUCGGCAGAUAUGGAAAUAUUAUUUCAACAAAAGCUAUUCUAGAUAAGAACACUAAUAAAUGUAAAGGUAAGCAUCAACAGCAGCUUCUAACAUUCACAAAGCCUUGACUGAAUAUUUUUAUUUUUUUCGUCUUUGGUUGCACAUCAGAACUCUCUUUUAAUAAGAGAGGUCAAGCACAACUCAUGUGCUGUUAUCCAGUAAAGAAAAGUGACACACAUUGCAACAUGAAUGGUUCAUCUCUAUGUAAGGGGACUUAAAAUUUAGGGGUGAUGUGAUGUUGCUUGGUUUUUUAUGUUAUUUUCAGUUAAAGAAAAAUUACAUACAAAGGUAUUGUAGUGAUCUCAAAUCCUGGAGUGUACAUCAUUUGUGCAUUAGAGCUCUGGUGUACUGUGUGGAUCCUUGAACAAAAACUGUCUACUAUUCUUGUCUCUGUCAGAACUUAAUUUAGCCUAUCUUUGUAGUAAAAAUUUCAACACUCUAAAGGUUGUUUGUAACAAGAGUUGCAAACUUCAAUUAAGAUGUAAUUGAAAUAAACAUGUGAAGAAAGCUACAGUGUGUCAGUAAGGGCCCAUAGACUUUGAUGAUCAGCUGAACAUCAACUUUACCAACAACACAUGGAAAUACACAGCAUAGCUUUAUGACUGAUUUAGUCAGUUGUGGGAGUAAUCGUGCAUGGGUAGACAUAUUGCAGUGUUGUUGUGUCAUCAUUUAUGCAGUGAUGCAUAGUUUUAAGUUAUGUUUUGUGGUAUUGAGAGCUUCUCCAUUUCUACUUCUGAGACUUGUUUGAUUUCAUACAGACAACAGCACUUCAUGAAUUAAAAAUAAAUGUAGCAGAUGAACUAUAAAUAUUCAAAAGAAUGUGCUGUGUGGGAAAUAAAAUACUAGUAGCUGGUUAUUUCCUUUAUUCUGUCACCUGUCUGUUUUGUUUGUUUAUUGAUUAAAUUGUGUUUUUAUUCAAACAGGGUAUGGAUUUGUGGACUUCGAGUCACCCACUGUGGCUCAAAAAGCAGUUACCGCCCUGAAGAACAAAGGAAUUCAAGCCCAGAUGGCUAAGGUUAGCAAAUGUCAUUUUGCAUUGUCCUCUUCACUUCCUGUUCAUAUCCUUUGUCGUGCAGUGGGUCAUUUUGUGGUGAGAAUACAUGCCGUGCUGCAGUUGAACACUUAAUCUUAAUUUGUUAUGAUGGCUUUGAAAUCAAAGGUAAUUUACUUUAGUUUUCAAUUUUACUUGCAACUUAAUAUUGGAGGGUGGGACAAUCUCAUAAUUUAUUUAAUCGCAGUGAGGGGGGGUUAAGUCAUGCCUCGUGUUAUUAAAUAUGAAAAUCAAUUCAGUUGUUGAACUUAGUCCAUCUACAAUAGGGAGAGGUAAAUACCUCAGUACACAAAUGAAAAUAAACCAAUUGUAUUAAUUGGUUGGAUAUCCUACAGAUCAUUUGCGAUAAAACAACACUAGAAUUUUCUGACAUCUCAAGAUAGUGACCAUCUGUAGAGGCACGUGUAGAAACCUAUUAGGUUAAAGAGGAUAGAUUGUUACUAUCAGGAGGCUUUUAUUAACAUGCAAAUUUCGUUGCAAUAUUAAGACUGAUGGUCAAAAAUAAACCUAGAGCACAUGUGACAGAACAUGUGCUAGCAAGAAUGACAUGAAAAUAAAUCAUGUAUCCAAAAUCUUUAAAUUGUUAUCUAGCUGUUGCUUUUCUCUCUUACACAUUUGAGACUCCUGAAAGAAAUUCAAAACAAUUGCCUAUUUAGGCUAGCCUUACUUGAUCCAGUUAACCCUUUUUCAUUCUGUCAAUUGUCUGUGCUUGGUUUUAACAGUUGGUUUCAUGGUGUGGAAACUCUCACUGUCUGUAAAUAGAUCACAGGUCUUGGUAUAUUUUGUUGUGAACCCAGUUCAAUACCUUCAAACAAAACUUAAAGUGAAUCACAGGCUAAAACAGAGGGUUUGCUUAUUUAGAUUGAAUUAAUUCACUGAGCCAUAGUUCUGUACUCUGUGAAAGGCCUCCUUGGUGUAGAAAGGAAUUGUUACCACUUGGUCUAAUUCAGUGAGGGUUAUAAGGACAAACUUUUGUUGACGCAGCAUGCUCAUUUAAGCUUAGAAGCUUUCCUAAAAAAUAAGUGUAGGAUUUUGUGGAUUAAUUCUGUCUUUUCUCAUUGAGAAGUUGUUUUAAAAUGCCAUGGGCCUAUCAGUUUUUGGACAUCGCAAUGCGAUGUUUCCAAUAACAUGUUUCUGUGAGUCUGUUACAGAAGCACGGUUUGUGCCAAAAAUAGCCUGACAUGUCUAGCCAUUGUAGGAUAUCAGAAGCACUUACAAAACUUAAUGAUUUGUCAUCUACACUUACACUACUACACCACUUAUUAUAUCUGCUAAAACACUGGAGAACAAAUGUAAUUAUGUAAAUCUGAAUGCUUUUCUUCUCUAAAGCAACAAGAACAAGACCCCACCAAUUUAUAUUUUCUAUAUCUACCACGAGAUUUUGAUGAAGCGGUGAGUGAAAACAAAUUUACCCUUUGUGAUGCAUUGGCUCCUCAUCAAUCAAGUAGUUGAGCAAACCAAUGUAUGUAAUUUGUUACAUGAAAUGUUCCUCCUGUCUUUGAGUUUCUUUUUUAUGAUUUUAAGUAUACUUUCAAAAAACAACACCAACAAGAUUAUCUACAAACAUAUUGCAAGCCAAAGUGCCUAAAAAAUUUGAGGAAAACUUAUACAGAGGCAAUAAAAUGGAAUGAUCUGUUGCACCAAAGUGUAGGGGAAUUUAAAUUUUAUCUUUACUAAAAGAAAAGAAAAGUUAGAAUGCUAAUUUUAGGUGAAACAUCUAGUCUUUUUUUAAUUUAGGUGCAGUUACACCAAAUUUUGGUACAUAUUUAUCUAAAAAGAGGUGUGAAUGAUGAUAGAGUGAUUCAUUAAAUAGGUGCUUUAAACAGACAACAAAUUGUUAUCUUAGUUAAAGAAACUAAUUUUACUCUCUUUGUCAUCAGAAAUUAGAAGCAUUGUUGAGAAGAUAUGGCAAAGUUAUAUCAACAAGAAUUUUAAGAGAUACUGACCAUGAGAGUAGAGGGGUAGGAUUUGCAAGGUAAAUGGUUGAAAUACAUGUGUCUUAGAUUUGUAUCAAAGCUUUACAGUAAAGCAUAAUGACUUGGUCAAUUUCUUUGUUGCAAUUGGUGCAUGGGAGCCCUUAUACUUGAGGGUGGUAAACUAGAAAUAUAACUUUUCGCAGAUCCCUCCUUCUGGCAACCAAAGGCACAAACCCUUUAUGCCAUCGCCUCCUCCCAGCACUCAGAAGUUGUGGAGCUGGAAUUGCUAGCUAUAAAACUCAUUGCAACAAUACUAAAGAAUGCAAUGCUCAUAACAGCAAUAACAUGCAGAGAUGCAUGUAUAGGCUUCCCUGCAUGCCACACAAUGGGAAGUGCUCAGAUGCAGUAGCAAAUUAUACUGGUAUGCUAACAAACUUCUGAGCACUCCCUUGUUCCUUGCGAUGGCCAAUUGUUGUGUUUUAAUUGUUACAAUUAACCAUGUAUCAAACUGUGUGACAUUUGGGACUGGGUAAGUGAGCAAAACUGUUAUUAUGUCUGAUAUUUUGAGCUUUAGCCCUUCACUCUGAGGAAGGGCUAACGUUUGAAAGGUCAGCUUUGAAACUCUCAACAGAAGCCAAUUUAUGUCAUUAACUCAGUUGAUGAUACCAAAUUACCUUGUUAUACUCUCCCACUGACACAGCACCAAAGUUUCUUUAAAAGGUUAUGACCUUUAUUCAUUUCUUACUAUAUCUCUCAGGUAACUCCUGUGAUUGAUAGGGAACAACUAUUCUUGUCACAAAUUGGCCAAUGUUUUCGUGAUGGGAAGCAGAAUCUAGUUGUUUGAUUCAAGAAUGCAGCAGUGUAAUAAUGGCCACUGAUUCAUAAAAGACCUGAACGUGAUUUACAAUUGAAGGCUGAAUGUCACUUGUUCAACUCCCUGUAGUGAAAUGUGGUGACAUGUGAUAUAUUUGCUUCCUGUUACUAAACAAAGCUUUGAUAUUUAACUUAUAGAAUGGAAAAUACACAGAUUUGUGAACAGAUAAUCAAAGAUUUUAAUGCUAAAAAGAUUCCUGGUAAGUAAGAAAUUGUACAUUAUGAUAUUUUGCCAAAGGUAUUUUUGUGUCCUCCAGAAACUUCAUUCAACAGCACAUGUACCUAAUUACUUUGUCACUUAAAAUUUACAUUCAGACAAAAUAUUGUGGACCACUAUGGCUUAUCAACAUAUCUCUUAGAUAUUUGAUCAAGUAGGGAUGAUUUUUAAAAACGGUUUUAUUUAUUUCUGAAGUGGUUUUGACCAGUAGAUUGAUUAAAAGGUUGGAAACUCAUCUACAUCCAUAAAAGUUCGGCUGUUUCAAUUUACUUGCCAAGCUUUGUAUCUACCAAUGCAAUAAGUUCCAUAUGCAUUGACUUAAUGAACUCUCUUCAGCAACAUAAUAUGCUUUGCCUGUCAUAACCUGUAGGUAGCAUUGAACCACUUGUGGUCAAGUUUGCGGAUGGAGGUCCCAAGAAAAGGCAACAAACUCAGCAAAACCAUGGUACAACUUAUUUUAUCUACAUCUUUGUCAGAUUUAGUAUGGUCUUUACUCUUUUCCUGAAUGAAUAAAGGCCCUUAAGUAGCAUGUCACUGAGGAAAUGAUUAUUUUUUUUGUGAACAGAUAAUUCAUGGCAAAUAAGUAGACAGGAGGUCAGUAUUCAUUUAUUACAUGAUAACCAAUGUCAAUUUCUCACAUAGUUUGACAGUCAAUGCCAAACUGACAUGCUACAUGUAUGUAUUACUCAUUUAUUAAUUCACUCAAUAUUGUAAAUGGUUUGAACCCGGGUUGUUGUCAGUCGAAUGUACUUAGUCCUUAGUCCUAAGUACAUUCGACUGACAACAAUCUUUCACUUGACUCUGAUGAUGACUUCCGCUCAGGUUGUCGAAACGUCAGUCACCAUUACCGACAACAAUCCUUCUCAGGACUACACUUACCCAGACAAUCAAACUACACUAUUUCACUCAAUAUUCAUUGAUUAUUUUAAUUGACUGGCUUAGUCAUUUACCCUUUUGUGUCUACAAAAGAGGAAUGUUACUGUUUUAUUAUACUCGUCUUGAUGAGAAAUCAAAAGGUAUUUAUUUCACAUAUAUUUUUAAAUUGCAACAUUUUUGAAAACAGAUGUGCAUAUAUAUAUAUGUAACAUUGUUUCUUCGUUUGUUUUUAGGGAGUACCCCUGCUUGGAUAUGGUGAACCACUAGUCAUGCAAAAUGGGUGUGUUAUCAAUGUUUUUUACAGUAUGCAGUGUAUCUUUAUUUUGUUUUACUGAAUUAGGAACUAGAUUGUGUGGUAUUUCAUAAAUAAUGUGUAGGUAACACCAUUUAUUGAUAAUUGCAAUGUGUAUCAAAAAGAUGGUUCCCUGAUUAUAGUAGUUGAACAAUUUUAUGCAAGUUUUUGUCACAAAUUUCUGUCAUCAAAUUGCACUACAAAUUUAGUAUUAAACACUUGUUUUGGAAAAAUGUCUUUUCAAUAUGCAUAUGAAAAAACAUCUUUCUUUUGGGCAUUUUAUGUAGAUCAACUGUAGGAAGUUCAGGAAGAGUUAUGACGACUCAUGCUGCAGUCCUCCCAGGACAGGUGGUUACAAUUUCCAUUUUACAUCAAAUAUCAGAGACUCAUUCAUUGCCUGACUCAAAACGUAUUUUACUUAAAAUAUAUUACUUUAAAUGAACACUAAAGAAGUCCUCUUUUCUGAAGAUUUGUAUAGGUGUUUAGUGAAACAUAUCAUUUAUGAUAUAUCACUUUGUAUUUAUAUGUGUAAAAUCUAUGGGUAAAUCUAUGCAGAGAAAUACCAAAAGAUAUAUCAAAGCACAUCCACGGUACAAUAAAGCAAACAAGUUUAGGAAAAUCUUGAAUGUAUUUACUGAAACCAAAGCAACAUUUGUGCUUUUGCUCUCCUGGGCUAUCAGAAACAGGUUCAUAUGCUUAUAUCUAGCUCAUAAUUUUUAUGUAUUCAUGAUGAGAAUAUCCUUUAUCUUAUUGGUAUAUUUGUAAAAGAUAAUUCCUUACCCUUUCCCAUCCUUGACUUUUUUACUUGUGUCCUAUGUGGUGUUAGAGAUGGUGAAGCACUUUCUACUCUUCUCCUAGUCCGUGAUGUAUUCCAAAAUGAAAAACAACAUCUCUCCUAUCUAAAUCUGAAAUUGAGACUUUCGUGUGUUUGUUGUAGUCACGGUUCUUAUUUUAUGACAUUUCAACAAACCAAUUUUUGAGAACUGUGUCACCAGCUUUAUGCUAGUAUUGAAAUGUGAAGUUGACUUUUGAAGAUUUUUAAACGUUAUCUGGAAUUUUUACUUUUUUUGAACAGGGGACAGCAUUUGUACAAACAAAUAUUCCAUUAGCAUACCAACUUGCGACAGGAGGAGGUGGAAGCUGGCUUGCACAUCAGCCUUACAUUCAGAUGCAACAUCAACUACAACCAGUAAGAACAAGAUUUAGUUAUUUCACUGUUUGCUUCAUAGUUUGGUUAUCAGAACUGUCCUUGUUUGAGAUGAUACACUUGUAAACUACUCAUACUUUAGACGUAAAAUUGCACUUUUUAGAAAAAAAAUAUACAAAAUUGCUAUGGGAUCAAUUUUGCAAAAAGUUUUCCAUGCAACAAUAUCACCCUGAAAUUGCACAGUCAAUUAUCAAUAACUACUUACCUCUCUUUAACAAUUCAGGGUCAGCUAGCAGCUGCUGCAGCAGCAACAGCAGUAACACCAUCAUCAAUGGAGCACAAUGUUGGGGCUUUGCAGCAGAGCUCUGUGCAACAUCUUACCAGUCAGAUGAACCAGCUCCAGAUGUCAGGCUCGCAGUACUUAACCAGUCCAGUUCAUGGCUCAUUCUCACAAGCUUCAUGGCAAAUGAUGCAUCAGCAUGGACAACCACAACAUCCACACCCACACUACAUGUCAGUAGAGGUAAGAAUGAGGACUACAACAAAAAAGAGAUGGAAGUAGAAUGAAAUGCAUCAGUGAUGACUCCUGCAAUUUCAUAUGGCCAUUUCAAAUACAACUUUAACUUAUCAAAUGCAUUAACACUGCUAAUUGGCUCAAGUAGUCCAAAAUUCUUUAUCUAAGCUACAUUGUUUAAAGCCAUAAAUGAGGAUGUAUUACUGCAAUCCCAUUUAAACCUGGUUUAUUAUACACAUUGGAAAAAGGAGUUCAAUUUGAGCUACAAGUACUUAUACACAUGCUCUAGCUAAUAAAAGAGAUCACAGAAUAUUUCCAUUUUUGCAAUUUGUUAUGCUCUAGUGACAUAUUCCAGGUAGAAGUAAGCCCAGAUGGAUAGGAGAUAAAGUGCUGACUGAAUUUGAUUGCUGGCCAGGACGAUAAGGGACGUAAACUUCACAAUGUGCACACCAGUGAGAAUUGAAAAUAAUGUAAAUUGAAUUUUAGGAACACUCAAUGGUUGGUGAAGGAGAUCCUCUUGGUCCGCCCAUGUCCCCACAAGCAACAGGCCUGCCGCAACACCUUGCUGAUCCUGGUCAAGGGUUAGAUGAACAUAGAAUGGCAGGCUACACGUCGCAUUACCAACAAAGG